AUGAGUUUAAGCUACAAAAAAUAGAAUGAACAUAGGGAUAGCGAUGUUAAAAAUAUAGUCUCUUAAUUGCAGUAGACUUAAGAUUGUUAAGAUAAGCUUAAUAUGUCCUUUUCUCCAAAUGAUCAACAUUUUGAAAUAGAUCAGAACUAAAUCAGCAGCAAUGAUAAAUCUCAUUAUUCAUAAUUAAGCCCUAUUUCUUAAAACCUAAAAAAAUAAGAACUGGAUGAUUACACAAAUUAAUAUUUAAAUCAGUUUCAAUCUCCAAAUUAAAGAAGCAGCCCAGAGGUAAUUAGAAAUACAAAUUCUAGCUAAAAUUCUAUGAAAAGAAAUUUUCUAGGUAAAUAAUGCAGUUCGAAUUAUAUUUCGUAGGAGAUUAGCACUCCUACAGAUAAGCUUUCAAGGCAAUCACAUAUAAUUUUUGAAAAAUCUCCUUAGGAGGCAUCAUAAUCCAAAUAAAGUGAUUCUGUUUUAAUGAGAUCUUCUACUAAAUAAAGUUAAAUGGAUAGAAGUUUUAGCAAAAAUAGUAUUUAUUAAUAACGCCCUUAAAGUAGCUUAAAUAGCAGCGAAUUUUAUAUGUCCAAAAGUCUUAAGGAUAAAUACUUCUCUCCUUAGAAAUAAACGAAAUUAAAUGCAUCUAGUCUCAUUCCUCUUUCAAACACAGAAAUCAUUGGAAGCAUAAGUUGCUCAACAAUACUUAAUAAAAGCACAUCUUUACUCAAUAGGAGCACUAAUUCUAUGAAUAAAAGCACUGCAUCUUUGAAUAAAAGCACUGUUUCUAAUAAAAAUAACCUCAAUUAAUAAAAUAUUAUUUAAUAAAAAAGUAUGAAAUAGAGUUAAAAGUUAAAUAACUUUGAUGAUAUUUUAAAAAAAUCUGCUUUAAAUAGACUAGGGUUAACAUUGAAGCCAGUUUGCUCUGCUCACAAACACUAACAACUUAAAUAUAUUUGUGUAGACUAAAAAUGCUUGGAUAAGGAGAGAGUUUUAUGUGAAAAAUGUAUUUCAAGUUUUGACCAUGAAUUUCAUGAUUUAAAAACAAUCGAGGAAUUUAUUUUGCAACUGGAGAGCUCUUAUGAAACUUUUUUAAGGAAAUUCUUUCACUUCAAGAGUAUAAAAGAAGAAUUGGAACAUCCUUCGUUUCUUGGAAAUAUAAAUUAACUAAUUAAUUAAAUAAAAGAAUAAAUAUGUUAAAAUCUUGAUGAAAUCAAAGAUAAAAUUUAAAAUCAAUACUAAAUAAUAUUACAAUAAAUGGAUAAAGAAGAAAAGUAAUAAGAAUCUGAAGAAUAAAGAAGGAAAUCUAAAAUUUAAGAUUAUUCAGAAAUUAAAUACGUUGGAGGAUAUCUUUAGUAAAUAAAUAACUAGCAAAUAUAAAAAGAUAGAUUUUAAUAAGGAUAGAGCAGCAGUCAUUUAAAAGUUUCAGCUGAUGGUAUUGAAUAAGAAAUUGAAAGAUUGGAAAAAAUUGAUUAAUUUAUGCAGAGCAUUGUUUAAAAAAAUUUUUUUGAUUUAACUAAAAAAGAAAUAAAUAUGUCACUUGGAUUAGUGAGUAGAUCUCAUUAUCUUAAAAUUGAUUAAUUGCAUAAUACAUUGAGUACUAAAUAUAAUAAGUUAGAAAAUACUUUUAAUGAAGCAGUUUAUUAAUAUACAUAAAAACUCUAGCUUGCUUUGAAAGAGGUGUUUAACAACCAUACAGAUUUUAAAAUACCUCUUCCCGAUCAAUAUUCUCCCACAUAAAUAAAAAACGAUUUGGUGAAUCAAUACUAAUAAUUAGAGUUAGAAAUUAAGUAUAAGAAAAAGUAGCUUAAGCUGGCAAAAUAAAAUAUUAUACAAUAAGAUUAAGCUCGUACUUAAAACAAAUUGCUCAAAAGGAUAGAACCUACUUUUCCUUACAAUACAUAUAAUAAUAAUUGUUAUCAUUUAACUGAAGCAGGAAUAAUUUGUAACACAACUCCAAUUUUCGAAUGUUGCUAGCAAGCUUAUUAAUGUGUAUAGUGUCAUUACAAAUUCUGUAAACAUUAACCUAAAAUUACAAAUCCAAGUAAAAGAUAUUGCAUGAAGUGCCUAUCAGUUUUCAAAGUAGAUUUUCCUACAGAUGUAUCAAUAAAUUGUGAUGAUUGUAUUAAAAAACAAUAAGAAUAAAAUGAAAUAUCCUGA